AAGGAAAUUUAGGCAUUUUGUUUCUUCAUUUUAUUUUCUUAUAACUUUUGCUAUCUUAUAUACUAAGUUACAAAAAUACUUUUAUUCAUUUGCAACAACAAAAUCCAGACACAAUUAGCCUUUACAAAAUCCUAUUUAUUUAUUACAAAAUCCACUUCUCCCUGUUUUUCUAAUACAAUUUCUUCACCCUCUUUCUCUAGCUGUCUCCAUGGAAUUCUUCACCAAAACCAUGGCAGUCAAGCUCCGUAGCCACCUCGACAAGUACUUAAUCGCCGACGACGACGGCGAAACCAUCCGUCAAAGCAGAAACGGCUCCACCACCAAAGCAAGAUGGUUUGUCGAGCUUGUAGACGGAACACCAGACUUUAUCCGGCUCAAAACAAUCGACGGAAGGUACUUAACGGCGUCAGAUUCCCACUUUCUGUUAGGUAUGACGGGUAAAAAGGUCAUCCAAACUAAGCCGUCAAAGAUCAAGGACUGGAACUUACAGUGGGAGCCAAUCAGAGACGGGUUUCAAGUGAGGUUAAAGAGCUGGUGCGGUAAGUUUAUGAGAGCUAAUGGUGGAACUCCGCCGUGGAGAAACGCUGUUACUCACGAUGAGCCGCAUGCUUGCUCAACUACCGGGUGGAUAUUGUGGGACGUGGUGGCGGUGGAAGCGGUGGAGACGGAGUAUUCUCUGGCGGAGUAUUUGUCGACCAUGUCGAGUUUUUCUUCACUUCCUGAUGAUGUUAUUGAAGCGGCUUCUGAUGAGUAUUUGGGCUCCGAACCUGGUUCGCCCGUUUCGGUUGUGUCUUCGGUUAGAACUCCCCGGUUGACCCUGAUUAAGUCUAUGUCUCCAAGGUUGUCUAUGUCGCCAAGGUUGUCUCCAAUUAAGACAAACUCGAACCAGUUCAGAUCAGGCAUGGAGUUUUUCCGCAACGCAAAAGCAGUGCGUCUCCGCAGCCACCACGACAAGUAUCUCCACGCCGAGGAAGACGAAGAGACGGUGACCCAAGACAGAAACGGAUCCUCCAAGAACGCUAAAUGGACCGUCGAGUCGGUUUCCGGAUCAGACUCUAUAAUUCGGUUGAAAUCUUGCUAUGGAAGGUAUCUCACAGCUUCGAAUCAUCCCUUUCUUUUGGGCAUGACGGGUCGGAAAGUGCUGCAAACUUUGCCGAGGAGACUUGAUUCUUCUGUGGAGUGGGAGCCCAUUAGAGAAGCGGGUCAGGUGAAGUUGAAGACCAGAUAUGGUAAUUUUUUAAGAGCUAACGGUGGAUUGCCGCCUUGGAGAAACUCUCUGACUCAUGAUAUUCCUCAUAGAACUGCUACUCAAGAUUGGAUUCUUUGGCAAGUUGAUAUUGUUGAGAUUCAAGUCACGCCUUCAAGAACUAAUACUGCCACCAAUAAAAACACUCAAGAAAAUAAAGAUCAUGAUCCACCACCAGAGCUUCCUCAUUCGGAUUCGUUGGAUUUCGGAUCUAGCUCGCCUUCUUCGGUUUCUGUCAAAUCUGACAACUUUUCGAGACAGGAGUCUAGUGAAUCGAAUGCUAGUUCGCCUCCGAAAUCUGAGGGGAGGACUAUAUACUACCACGUGGCGGAUGAGAGCGGGGAAGUGAAUGAGGAAGAAGAGGCUUAUUAUUUCCAUUUUAAGGGAAAAGGAGUGGAUGAGUUGACUCAGAAACUGAGAGAGGAGACUGGUUUACAGGACAUUGUUGUGUGUUCUGCUAGUCCUUUGAAUGGAAAGCUUUAUCCUCUUCGAUUGCAGCUUCCUCCGAAUAAUGCUGAUAUGCAUGUUGUUGUGGUUGAGACAGACUCUAAACUUGCCGGAGAUUUUGCUAAAGGGUUUGCACUAUGAUCGACGACAUAUGGGUAUUACAGUUUGGCUCUCUCAAUGGCUUCACUGCUAUAUGUUAUGUACAUUCUAUUCGCCCCUCUUAUCGUGCCAGUUAAUAAGUUCAGUGAUCGAUAAACAUAUUGAAUGGACAACCUUAUUUGCUUAUGUUGUUCAACCUGCAACACUUAAACUACUAGCACAACUCUACUUGCUUCACCCUUGUAACGUAAGUAUAGCACAGUUUAUUUAAGAUUCAUUGAUAUAUUUUUGCUGUAAAUUUCUAUCAUAUCAAUUUUUGUGAAAAAUGUUUGGCUGUGCUCA